AUGCCUUCCAUCAUGAAGACUGCAGGAGCUUUGGCGGCAUUGGCGGCCGUUGCUUGCGCUCUACCAGCCCAGCCCAAGUUCACCCCGAGACAACACCACAUCUACAGCGUGGCGAAGCGACAAAACGCCGCCGCCGCCGCCCUGGGAUUGGCAGAUGUUGACAUCCUUCAAUUUGCUCUGACGUUGGAGUGGCUCGAGACUACCUUCUACCAGCAAGGUUUCGCCCAGUUCGGCGACGACCAGUUCACGGCACUGGGCCUGGACGCAGUGCAACUUGCGGACCUCAAGGCCAUCGGCGCAAGUGAGGGCACGCACGUCGGCGCCCUGCAGAGCGCCAUUGCGCAGGCGGGUGUCCAGCCCGUGCAGCCGUGCCAGUACAACUUCGGCUUCACCGACGCCGCCGGCAUGGUUGCGACCGCCGCCAUCCUCGAGAGCGUCGGUGUGUCCGCCUACCUCGGCGCCGCGCCCCUCGUCUCGGAUCCCAAAAUCCUCAGCACGGCCGGCUCGAUCCUGACCAUCGAGGCGCGCCACCAGUCGUUCAUUCGCGUGGUCUCGGGCGCCGAGGCGUCACCCUCGCCCUUCGAGACUCCGCUGGGCCCCAAGGCAAUCUUCUCGCUCGCGGCGCCCUUCAUCACGUCCUGCCCCGGCGGCUCCAACCUGAUCCUGACGGCCUUCCCCACGCUGACCAUGGUCAGCCCGGCGCCCGUGGCCGGCGUGCAGACCCUAGCGGAAGGCACCAUGGUGCAGCUGCAGAGCGACGCCUCGGCCGGAGCCACCUUCUGCGGCUUCACCAACUCGGCCGCGCCCGGCGGCACCGCCUUCUCGCCCUUCUCCGCCGCCACCGGCUGCGCCGUCCCGCCCAACCUGGCCGGCACCGUCUACGUCACGCUCGCCAGCGGCGCACCCGCCAGCGGCGUGCUGACGGACGACAUCACGGUCGCAGGGCCGAUGGUAAUGAUUUUGAGCUAG